AUGGCUUCCAAAGCUCAAGGCAUCGAACUAGGAGAAUUGUCAAGUAUGGAAGAGGGCGUUAAACAUAGCCCUUCCAGAAACUGUUGCAUGCAUGGUUGUUGUUCAUCAAACUAUGUUGUAACCCUGGCACAGAAGGUGAUCGCAGAAGUCAUAGGCACAUAUUUCAUGGUGUUUGCUGGUUGUGGUGCUCUAGCAGUGAAUAAGAUAUAUGGCUCAGUCACGUUUCCAGGCGUUGCUGUCACAUGGGGGCUGAUUGUAAUGGUCAUGUUUUACUCUGUUGGUCAUGUCUCUGGUGGUCACUUCAAUCCUGCAGUCACCAUCACUUGGGCCAUCUUUCGCCGCUUCUCAUUCAAAGAGGUGCCACUGUACAUUUUGGCUCAGAUGCUGGGGUCCAUACUCGCUAGUGCCACAUUAGCCUUAAUGUUUGAUAUCACACCAAAAGCUUACCUUGGAACGCUACCAGUUGGAUCAUAUGGCCAGUCUUUAGUUGCUGAAAUCAUCAUCACCUUUCUCUUGAUGUUUGUCAUAUCUGCGGUUUCUACAGAUGACAGAGCGGUGGGUGACUUGACAGGAGUUGCAGUUGGAAUGACUAUUAUGUUGAAUGUCUUAGUUGCUGGGCCUGUAUCAGGAGCUUCCAUGAACCCAGCAAGAAGUAUUGGUCCCGCGCUUGUCAUGCACUUUUACAAAGGGUUAUGGGUAUACGUAGUUGGUCCAAUUAUUGGAGCCAUAGGAGGAGCUUUGGUCUAUAACUUUCUUAGAUCCACACAGAGUUAA